AUGAAGCUUGCGAUUGGCCUCGGUCUCACCGCCGUGCUCGUUGGCGAGGUGUUUGGCCUCGUCGCUACGGCCAGAUAUGCCGGUGGCUUAGCCGCCCUGGACUUCCUCGAGCCGCGGGACAAGAAGACACAGUUUGACGGCUGGAAAGUGCGCUGCGGCGUGUAUGAAGCGGCGAACACCGUCGAAUACGACAAAGCAAGCAAGGUGAUCCGGGACUACUUGCGCGAUCCUCGCUGGGAGAAAUCCAAUGGUGGGGGAGUGACAAUGCAGGGGGCAGAACAACCUCUCCCAAAAAGCACCAAGUCGGACAAUGGCAACAAUGGCAGCAAAAGGCCCGACGAGCCGUCCGUCUUCGCCAAGAUGGGCGAGUCGGCAGCCACCACCUUUGCCUCCAUCCUGGUGCUCGGCCUGGGCUUCGCCGCCGCCGGCUACAUCUAUCACAAGAGCUACAAGAUGCUCGUCAUGCAAAAGAUGACGCGCGCCUUCAAGCCCGGCGACCCGGUCCUGGAGCUGGCCGCCAUCGGCAAGGAUGUCCCGCACGCGCACAGCCAUUCCGAUGACGAGCACUGGGUCGUCCGCCCCGAGCAGACGCACAUCGACGACAUUGUCAGCGGCCGCGAGGUCGGCCACUACUACCUCAUCAUGGGCGACAAGGGCAGCGGCAAGAGCAGCAUGAUCAUCGAGGCCAUGCGCAAGAACAACGGCGACGGCGUCGCCAUGUUCGAGGCCCACUCGGACCCGGAAAUCUUUCGCAUCCGCCUCGGCAAGGCGCUCGACUACGAGUUCCACGAGGACUACAUCGGCGGCUACUUCAGCGAGCGCGGGCCCCGCGAGUCGACGGCCCUGCUCGACAUCGAGCGCGCCCUCAACAAGCUCGAAAAGGUCGCCAUGCGCCUGUUCCGCGAGCGCGCCAAGCCCCUCGUCGUCAUCGUCAACCAGAUGCACCUGCUGCGCAACGACGAGGACGGCCGCGACCUCAUCGAGCUCCUCCAGCAGCGCGCCGAGCAGUGGGCCGCCGCCAACCUCGUCACCAUGGUCUUCAACUCGGACGACUACUGGGUCUACGAGCGCCUCAAGAAGCUGUCUGCGCGCAUGGAGGUGCUGCCCGUCACGGACCUGCCCAAGGCGCAGGCCAUCAGCGCGUUGCACAAGUAUCGCAUGCGCUACUUUGGCGAGCAUGUGCCCAAGGCCCGGCUUGAGGAGGUGUACGACAGAGUCGGUGGCCGGCUCAGCUUCCUGAACCGCGUCGCAAAGAGCCGCGACAUGCUGGGCACGUGCGAGCGCAUCAAGGAGACGGAGAAGAAAUGGUUUCUCAACCAGUGCUGGAUCCUCGGCUCAGAGAUGGACGACGACGUCAUGGACCAGCAGAAGUGGGCUGCUGCCGCGAUGGUGCUCGCGCAGGCGCUGGUCGACAAAGAGGGCGACAUGGAGCGCACGUACGACCCCGUGGUCGGCCACUUGCUUCCCUCGUAUCCCUUCCACAUCGCCCAGGAGCUCAUGACGCGCUGCGAUUUUAUCCGCGACCUCGACCGCAUGAACCUGUUCACCAUUACCAGCCAGGCUGACGUGCGCGCCAGCAGCGUGCCUAUGCACCUUGCGCUCCGCGAGAUUUGCGCGCAGGAGGGGUUCCGCAAACACCUCGAGGACACUAUUGAGCGCAUCGGCGACAUCGAGAGCUUGGGCCGCACGAGAGAGCUGGUGGCCAAGGACCUGGUCCUCGGCGGGCAGUACGACAUCACCACCGGCAGGGGGGCUAUUACGGUCAAGUUGAAGCAGGCGGAGGAGGAUGACGAUGACAAGUGA